CUUACAAAGUUCUGGAAGACAUAAAGAAAGAUGGGUAUACGGCCAAAAACAAAGGGGAUGCUCGUGUAGCUUUGAGGAAGAUGUCAUCAUAUGAAUUUAUUUUCAUUCUACUUCUACUGAAUGAUAUCUUUGGCACCACUGAUACACUUUGUCGUGCUCUGCAGCAUAAGUCUCAAGACAUUGUGAAUGCCAUGAGUUUGGUGGAAAUUACUAAAAUGGUGUUGAAGGAAAUGAGGGAUGAAGGUUGGGAUUCUUUAUUGACAAAAGUCAACAAGUUCUGCAAGGAUUAUAGUAUUACAGUUCCAGAUUUUAGUGCUUCACAUUUUGAAGGUCGUCCUUGCAGACAGGUAGAUACUAUCACCUAUGAGCAUCAUUAUCAUUUUGAUAUAUUCAAUGCUGCCCUUGAUGUUCAGAUAGAGGAAUUGAGAGCAAGGUUUGAGGAAAAGAUUGUUGAACUUCUGAAAUUGAGCUCGAGUUUGGAUCCUAGCAAUGGAUAUAAAGCCUUCGAUGCUAAUGCUAUUUGCAGUCUUGCUGGAAAGUAUUAUCCUUUGGAUUUUUCUGAGAAAGAAAUAGAUAGAUUGGCAUUCCAGUUGAGGAUUUUUCAUGGUGCUGCUCUUGCACAUCCUGCUUUGGCGAAUCUAUCAUCUGUUGCUGAACUAUGUCGUGGUUUAGCAGAGUCCGGGAAGUCAAAGGACUUCGAUCUUGUUGAUCGGCUGAUUCGUCUUGUUUUGACUCUUCCAGUCUCUACUGCUAGUGGUGAACGAGCUUUUUCUGCCAUGAAGUUGGUGAAGACCAAACUGCGCAACAAAAUGGGUGAUGAUUUUCUAGCUGAUGGUCUUGUUAUUUAUAUUGAACGUGAUAUAGUGGACACCUUUAGUUUAGAUGAUAUUUUGAGUGAUUUCAUUGUUCUCAAAGAGCGACGUGUACGUUUAAGAUAAUAAAUAAUAAAAAUAUAUUUUAUAUUAUUGGUAUGUUUUAAAAUUUUAUUUUUGGCCCCCCCCCCCCCCCCGGAUUUAAAAUCCUGGCUUCGCCCCUGACCGGGUGCAACGCCGAAGCCGGUACCGGGCAGGCAAAAAACCGCUAUCACGCCCCAUAACCUUAGGAGGAAAGGCGCCUUAGACGCCUUAAGCUGAAAGGCUGCAUCACGAAUGAGGAAUAAGCCAAGGACCAUAAAGUGACACAUAAGCAAAGAAACAAACGAGCUUUACCUAGUAAGUGAUCUUAAGCAAAAGAAGGGACCACACGCGGAGGGUGCCAAGGGAAGCAGCCUAAUCGAAACAGGCAACAAAGGAUGCUAGGGGUGAGAAACACGGUCAACAGCUCGAUAAGGUGACACUCAGAGUAAGCAAGAUGCAAGUCGAACAAAGUAUGGCGCCUAGCAAAAUCCAAGGAGUGGUGCCUAGCAGGUUAAAAAUCAAAACACAAGGGCAAGAGGGGUAGCGCCCAGGAAAAGGAGAUUGCAAAAGGUGGCGUCCAAAGAGCAAGGGGAAAAACCUACCUACGAUAGUAUGCGAGAACGCCUAACGAAUUGGAGGGGUGGCGCCUGCAAAAGAAGUAAGCUGGGAAAAUCAGAAGGCGCCUCCACUAUUUACAAAAUCCACAAGGGGGUGGCUCCUAAAGAAGCAAGUAAGUGAAACCCAUAGCUAGCGAAACCCAUAGUGAGCGAACGUGGAUGUUCGGAGGUGCCGCCUUCCAAUCAAAAAGAAUAAGAAUAAAAGCAUUACCUGAUUCGCGUGGGGUGGCUCCUAGCAGAGUAGCCGGGUCGAGGCGAGGCGCCGGUGAGGAGGAGGCGCUUACCCAAGAAACCGGGUCGAGGCGAGGCGCCGGGGAGAAAGAGGAGGGCUUCCGGGUCGAAGCGAGGCGCCGGGGAGAAAGAGGAGGGAUGUCGAAAAUUUAAGCUAAAAAAAAAGAAGAGAGAAUGAAAUGAAUGAGGAGAGGGAGAUGUUUAAAUAGGGAUGGAGAGAAAGACGCACGGUUCUCGAAGCGGGCUGCCCCAAGGCCCAACCUUCCAUCACCUCCUCCAAGUUUAAAAGUGGGCUCAGCCCAAAACCACAACUAGCAGCCUAUCCGAGGUGGCGUUUUCGCCGCCAUUUCACUCCUUGUCAAUAGUCUUUGUUUUUUUUUAUAUUUAUUUUACUUAUUCUCAUUUUUUAUUUAUUUAUCUUUUAUAAUUUUUUGGGUAUUUUUUUCCAUCAAAGAGCAUACUUGUUUGACGAUACCGCAGUAUUCACGUCAUCGCCUAAAGGGGCAAUUGAUAGGGUAUCCUAGUAACUAAGGAAGCAAAACCCUAGCUAAUGGCAUGAGGAAGAAAUAAGACAAAAGAGUAAAAAGACAAGGUCAAGAGACAAGGCCAGACACCUAACAUCAGCAAAGACAAAGUGCAAGGGGACACCCUCUGCCAAAAAGUAUAAUGUACAGUGUCAGAAGGUCUGAGGCGCCCAAUCACAACAUUUAUGACUUGGCAGGCGCCCAGACCACUACCUAACCCUCAGACGUGUAUAAAUAGGAGUUCUCUCCUCAUAAAUGGCAAUAUAUCUACUCUUUACUCUAACUUCUCUCUACUUUCUCUCUCUAUACACUUCUAUCCUUCUCUUUUCCCACAUCUACUGAGGUGGGGCGCCUACCCUCUCAAAGUCAUGCCUGAUGUCCCAAACCCCUUAGACCCGAGCGACACCCAGUCGCCCGGGCUCAAACAACUCGAAGCCUUCGUAAACUCAUUGUUGGGUUCUUAUCGUAGUGAAGAUUGCUUGCUUCCAGUGAUCGGGAAAAAUAAAAAAAAUCUGCUCUCGGCAUCUGACCUUCUCCAACUUAUCUUCCAAGUCAAAAACCCAAGGGCUCCUUAUUUGUUAAGGGUAACAACAAUUCAGGGGCAAAAAUUGGGGAUUAAAGGGCUAAGAUGACU